CCUCUGUGCGUCUGACGUCAGCACGCAAUCCCCGAACCCGAGGCUGAGGCUGUAAACAAUCAAACCCAGCCCGUCCAUCAUCCAUGCGCUAAACAUGCGUCUGUCGGUGCUGCUGUGCCUCUUCUGCGCCCUCAGGUCCGCUCGAGGUUACUAUGGCAACCCCCUGAGCAAGUACAUCCGGCACUAUGAGGGUCUGUCGUACGACACGGAGCUGCUGCACAGCCGGCACCAGAGAGCCAAGAGAGCGCUGUCACUGCAGGAGCGCGAGCUGCAGCUGGAGUUCCACGCACACGGCAGACAUUUCAGCCUCCGAAUGAAGCGAGACAGCAGGCUGUUUUCAGACGGCUUUAAGCUGGAGAUGUCUGGAGAGCAGCUGGACUACGACACCUCGCACAUCUACACCGGAGAACUGUACGGUGAACACGGCUCUCUGACGCACGGCUCGGUCGUGGACGGGAAGUUCGAGGGCUUCAUUCAGACCCAUCGAGGGACGUAUUAUGUGGAGCCGGUCGAGAGAUACCUGCAGGACAAGAACGUCCCGUUCCACUCCGUCAUCUACCACGAGGACGACAUCCAGUAUCCGCACAGAUACGGGCCGGAAGGUGGCUGUGCAGAUUCGUCUGUGUUUGAGCGAAUGAAGAAGUAUCAGGCGUCGGCGGUGGAGGAACCGGCCAAGGAGGAUCACGUGUUGCUGAGGAAGAAGAGGAUGACGCAGGUGGAGAAGAACACCUGCCAGCUCUUCAUCCAAACCGAUCACCUCUUCUACAAGUACUACAAGACCAGAGAGGCCGUGAUCGCUCAGAUCUCCAGUCACGUCAAGGCCAUUGAUGCCAUCUACCAGGGCACAGACUUCAUGGGCAUCCGCAACAUCAGCUUCAUGGUCAAGAGGAUACGGAUAAACACCACCAGCGACGAGCGCGAUCGCUCCAACCCUUUCCGCUUCGCUAACAUCGGCGUGGAGAAGUUUCUGGAGCUGAACUCGGAGCAGAAUCACGACGAUUACUGCCUGGCGUACGUCUUCACCGACCGAGACUUUGACGACGGCGUGCUGGGUCUGGCCUGGGUCGGCGCUCCAGCCGGGAGCUCUGGGGGAAUCUGUGAGAAGAAUAAGCUGUAUUCUGAUGGGAAGAAGAAGUCUCUGAACACUGGGAUCAUCACGGUGCAGAACUACGCCUCGCACGUGCCUCCUAAAGUCUCACACAUCACCUUCGCUCACGAGGUCGGACACAACUUCGGUUCCCCGCAUGACUCCGGGUCAGAGUGCACUCCGGGCGAGUCCAAGAGCCAGGAUAAGAAGGAGCGAGGGAACUACAUCAUGUACGCUCGAGCCACUUCUGGAGACAAGCUGAAUAACAACAAGUUCUCCGUCUGCAGCGUCAAGAACAUCAGCCAGGUGCUGGAGAAGAAGCGCGGCAGCUGUUUCGUAGAGUCCGGCCAGCCGAUCUGUGGGAACGGUCUGGUGGAGCCGGGUGAGGAGUGUGAUUGCGGCUACAGCGAUCAGUGUAAAGACGAGUGCUGCUACGACGCCAAUCAACCAGACAACAAGAAAUGCAAACUCAAGCCCAACAAAGUCUGCAGUCCGAGUCAGGGUCCCUGCUGCACGGGUGAGUGCUCCUACAAGAGCCGUAAUGAGAAGUGUCGUGAGGAGUCGGAGUGUGCUCAUCAGGGCAUGUGUAACGGCGCCUCGGCCCAGUGUCCCACCUCAGAGCCCAAAGCCAACUUCACCGCCUGCCACGGGGACACGCAGGUCUGCCUGAACGGGGGCUGCUCCGGCUCCAUCUGUGAGAAGUACGGGCUGGAGGUCUGCACCUGCGCCAGCGUGGAUGGCAAAGACGAGACCGAGCUCUGCCACGUGUGCUGCAUGGAGAAGAUGAACCCCAGCACCUGCAGCAGUACGGGCUCGGAACGUCUCGCUCGCUUCUUCAAUAAGAAGGUCACCACUCUUCAGGCCGGCUCGCCCUGCAAUGACUUCAAGGGCUACUGCGAUGUCUUCAUGAAGUGUCGUCUGGUGGACGCCGAUGGUCCUCUGGCGCGCCUGAAGAAGGCCAUCUUCAACCCGGAGCUGUACGAGAACAUUGCCGAAUGGAUCGUGGCUCACUGGUGGGCGGUUCUGCUUAUGGGAAUUGCUCUCAUCAUGCUCAUGGCCGGAUUCAUUAAGAUCUGCAGUGUUCACACGCCCAGCAGCAACCCCAAACUGCCUCCUCCUAAACCACUGCCAGGUACGCUGAAGAGACGACGAGCUCAACACGCCCAGCGCCAGCCGCAGCCGCAGCGCCACCACCGGCAGCCCCGCGAGAACUACCAGAUGGGUCAGAUGAGACACUGAGAGCCGCCGCCGCUGCCUCAUCCACAGCUCCGCCAUCCCCCCUCCACACCCCACUCCGUUUGCUCCAGAACCGGCCUGCGCUCCAGAGCCUUUCGUUCAGUCUGAGCGUGGAGCGAGGCUUCACUCAUCACCACCACAGUCCCGCGUGUGGCGUCGGUUUACAGGAAUAUGUCCAGAGUCCAUAAUGCUUCCUCAGACUGGAUGAGUAACACCAACCGCAGCUCUGCCCUUCACUCUGUCGUCUUUGAUUAUUUCUGUUGGUUUUUUACCCUCGAGUGCCAAGGUUUACCGGGGUAUUUGUAGAUAGAGCAUCUCCUGUUGUCCUUCGUAAACUCCACUCGAGACUCGUGGUUUGAUAUGAAACAUCUUUUUAAGGAUUCGUGCGAAGCGUCUGCUCCAGCUGUCGCCACAUGCACAGAAAAGGAUUUUAUUUUGUAAGAGCAGAAAUGUUACGCCUUCCCUUUUCCGCAGGCUCGCGGCUGUAUAGAGAAACGAUAUUAGCUGUAUUAUAUGUGAGAACAGAUUAUUUCUUCUACUGUCAAUAAGAGAUUUACAGUUGGUUUUGUUGACAACACUCAGGACUCAAAAACACUAACAAAGGUGGCGGCUCAGCGUCACUCCGCCGUUUACAUGCUUCAUUCUGUGUGUUUGUGUUUGUUUGUAUAUAGCUCCACACCUUUAUGGCAAGCCCAUUCAACAUUUAAUCUUCAUACUUCUUGAGCUACUAGUGCUUAUUAUUGAGGUACUAGUAACUUUUUAAAGGUACUAAUUCUUAUUCAUUAGAUAACUAGUACUUAUUCAUUAAAUACUAGUAUGUUUUUCAUUAGGUUCUAGUACUCCUUCAUUAGCUGCUAAUGCUUAUUCUUUAAGUACUAGGUCUCAUUAUUUAGGAAGUAGUAACUUUUUAAAGAUACUAGUACUUAUUUUAAUAGAGACUACUAACUGUUCUAUUGUUGUAGCAACACAUUUAAUUUUUUGCAACUUCUGUUAUUCAGAUAUUUACUAUUCAGUUUUGACUAGUAAUAAUUCCAAUAGUGACUAGUAUGUUUUUAAAUAAUACUAGUAAGCAUUCGAUUAGAAAUUAGUACUUGUUUAUUAAAUACUAUCACUUUCAUUAGAUACUAGUAUAUAUUUAUUAGACACCUGUAGUUAUUCGUUAGGCACUAGUUUUAGGUACUUAUUUUUUAGACACUAGUGUCUUUUGUUAUUGUUACUAGUAGCAAUUCUUAUUUUACUAGUCACACCUGUUUUUUUUUUCUCUUCUUAUGUUAUUACUAGUCAAAAUGGCCACUGUAGAGCUCAAUUGAAAAUCUUUAUAGUAAAAUGAAAAAUCUUUCCAGAAACACUUGGAAUAAGUACUAGUAUGUAAUAGGUGUAUAGGAAUGAAUAGGUACUCUUAUCUUUUAAAAAAGGUACUAGUAGCUAAAGAUAAGCACUAGUAGCUUAUGAAUAAGUACUAGCUGUAUGAAAGUUAAUGCUAGUAUGUUAUUAGGAUUAAAUAUUAAAGGGGCUUGCCAUACACUCACAUUCACCACACUCCACCAAUGAGGAACAUGUGCAUGAAGAGCAGUGCAAACUUGAGUUUAAUGUGUGUUUUAGCAGGACGAUCAUGAAGAAACCUUUAUAAACGUACGAUGAUUUCAGAAGACUGAAGUAACUGAGCAUCAUGGGAAAGCGUUCGGCUCCCAGUGAAGAGGAUUCUCACGGUACUAACGGUCACAUUAACAUGUUUAGUUUACACACCUUCAUCAUCAUGAUGCUGGAGA